AUGGCUAGACCCAAAGUGCCCGAUGACCAGCGCCAGCGGGCCAGCGCGGCGUGCGUCUUCUGCAAGACGUCCAAGAAGCGCUGCGACUCGCAGCUCCCGUGCGGCCAUUGUGUUCGCAAAGGCCGGGCAGCGUCGUGCCAUUACCGUCUUCCAGCCAAGCGGCACAAGAAUGUGUUCCCGCAUCAGCUGCUGGAGGCUCCGACUCCCCCGUUGACGGCCUCGGACACACCAAUCUCAGACUUCUUAUCGACAGCGCCAAGUAUGCGCAGUUUCCCGGCUACGACUGUUAGCACAACGUCCGGAGAUGAAGAGUCUGUGGCGAUGAGCAAUGGUACGGCGCCGCCCCAGCCCAUCUCUGCGUGCGUUGUUGACAAAGCCGGACUAGUGCUCGUCGGGAGCAUGGCCACAAUCUCCUUUCUCCAAUUCAUCCGAAAGACUCUCAGGCGAUACAGCGGCCCGUCGACCUUCUCAGAGGGCGUCAAACAGCAGUCGAUGCUCGAGAUCCCGGCACCGGAUGAAGACCACCAAGACCCAGGUGAAGCAGACAUCGCUCCGGUAGAUCGUGCGCGCCUCAUCCAGUGCUUCUUACAAGUGAAGCAUGUGCUGACGCAAGUGGCAUAUGCACAGACAAGCGGCAUACUCUACAUCUUCACGCCUGACAAGCUGUCGCGACUACUCGCAGCCCUGAACAAACCAGAGCUCACCCUCCCCCCAGACGACCUCGCCGCAGUCUACCUUAUGCUGGCCAUAGGGGCUCGGUGCAAUAGCAGCGACCAUAUGGAUCAGCGUCUUUCCUCGUUCUACUUCUCUCGAGCUCAGAAGCUGGGCUUCCGAGAUAUGCUGCAGCAGCCGAGCCUGGGCAUGGUCAUCAACUUCACUCUCAUGAGCUUCUACAUGCUGUGUGACUGCCGCAGGAACUCGGCAUCGUUGUAUCUCGGCGUCGCGUGCCGGAGUGCCGCGAUACUGGGGCUCCACUCGCCUGUCAAGGAUGAGGCUUGGCCUAUCGAGUCACAACGGCUAAGAGCGCGUGUAUGGCGAAGUCUUUGCGUCCUGGACAUCCAGCUUAGCACCAUCCUCGGCCGGCCCAGCGGGACAGGGAUCGCCGAGCCACAGCAAGAGAUCGACCCGCAGAUGAGGAAAGGCGACAGCGACCACUUCGCCCUGGCCCUCAACGCGAGCUUCUCGCUCAGCUGCCUCGUCAACGCCAUCUCGCAGAGGCUGGCGGCGGACCAGUGCCCCGACAUCCACUUCGUCGAGGGCUACCUGCAGAGCCUGCGGGGCUGGGCGCAGUGCCUGCCCGAGGUGCUCCGGCAGGACAUCCAGACGGGCCACCAGGGGGUCGCGGCGUGGAAGCACCAGGCCAAGACGCUCGGGAGCAUCCACGUCGCCUGCAGCUACUACUUUGCCGUCUUCCUCAUCACGAGGCAGUUCCUGGUCGCCAGGGUGAUCCGCACGCUCGAGUCGCAGGAGGGCGGGUUCGAUGACGGCGGUGCCGGCGGCGGCGGCGGCGGCGGCGCGGAGAGCGAGACCUACCACAAGACCAACGAGCUGUCCCGCGCGUGCGUCGGGGCCGCCACCUAUCUGAUCCAGAUGUGCCAUGACGCUUUCAAGGAGGGGAUGUUGCGAGGGAACAUGUGUAUAUUACAGUCUUGGGUCUUCGCCGCAGGGCUGAUCCUCGGGUUUUCUCUCCUUGGCACGCCGGAGGGUACCUCGGAGGAGGUGCAGGAAAGCUUCAACCUCUCACGCCAGAUCGUCGACCACCUAUCCAGUCUCAGCCCACAGGCCCAGCGCGACUCGGAGCUCCUCUCUGGCUUCGCCGAGGCGCUCGACGCGCACCGCCGCCACCGGCAGAUCGUCAAGCCGCCCGCGGCGGGCGGUGUCUACCUCGAAAAGAUCGUGCUGUCGCGCCCCGACACGAUCAUCACGCAAGCUCACGUGUACCAGACGCCGGCGCCGACCGAUGCGGACAACGAGAGCCUCAAUGUCAUCGACCCUCCGGCACCGCCGCAGUACGACAUCCUGGACAACUUUCAGUGGAUCAGCUCGCCGGAGGAGUUUAUCGGGGUGGAGAUGGGGAACACUCUGACGUCGCCGGCGAUAUGGGAUGAGUACGCGUAUAACACACCUCAACUGGGUGGGAAUGUGGAUCUGGACGAUCUUUUGGGCUUCUAG